AUGAGCUCAAGCCAAGCCUCCAGCGAUGACUUCCCCAGACUCAUCGGAGCCGACAACUUCGACGUCUGGAAGGCUCGCGUGUGCGCAGACCUCGACGGAAAGCAUCUACUCGGCUUCAUGACGAAGCCCAACUAUGAUGGUGUCUCCGAGGACGACAGCGAGGACAGCGGGAGCGACAUGUCCAACGCCGACGACCCGCCGAAGACCACGCUGGCAAAGACGGCUGAGAUCGACUCCGACGCCGUCGACUACGACGAGAGUGACGACGAUGACAAGCCCCAAUCAGGCUCUGACGAAGACUCAAGUGGAACCAAGACCAAGGCAUUCCUGAUGAAGACGAUGGACAACACGCACGUUCGGCUGGUCAAAAAUCUCGUCACGUCCUACGACAUCUUCACCUUCAUCUGCGAGAAGUACGAGGGUGCUGCCUUCCACGGCGACCCCUACUUCAUCCAGCACUACCUGAUGGAGAUCAAGUACGAUGAGGGCUCUGAUCUCACAGAGUUUUUCCUUAAGCUUGAGAACGCGAUGAAAGCCGCGUCGGAAGCCACCGAAUCGGUGAUGACGGAGGGACAGAAGUCAAUCUACCUGUUCCACUCCAUGCCCAAGUCGUGGAAGGAUGAUCUCCGGGUUUGGAAGGGCCAACGGAAGUACAUCCCGUAUGAGGACCUCAAGCAGAGUAUUGAUGGCAAGGUGCGCGACCUCCAAGCCCAAGAGCGCUAUACAUUGGCGAAGGGCACGCCAGAGACGACAGCGACCAAGAGCGAGCGUGCCCUGGUUGCGGCUGGACCUACAAUCCCUCCGCCCACCCAUGGCAACAGCUACAACAAUACCUGCUCGUACUGCGACCGCCAGCGCCACGCUAUCCGUCACUGCAGGAGCCUA